GUUAAGAGCACGGAUGAUGCUGUUGAUUAUUCAGAUAUUAAUGAAGUGGCGGAAGAUGAGAGCCGUAGGUAUAAGCAGGCAAUGGGCAGCCUGCAGCCAGUUCGAAGACAAGAUGAAGAUGAGGAUGAUUACGACGCUGACUGUGAAGAUAUUGAUUCCAAGUUGAUGCCACCACCGCCACCACCUCCGGUACCUGUAAAGAAAGAAGAUGAAAAGGAUGCAGCUGCCACUGUAUCAGAAGAUGGAGACGGUAUCAUUUUGCCCUCCAUCAUUGCUCCUUCCUCUGCUGCCUCCGACAAGGUGGAUUUCAGCAGCAGCUCUGAUUCUGAGUCAGAGAUGGGACCUCAAGAAGCCAGGCAGGCAGAAUCCAAGGAAGGCAAACUCACACUUCCUCUUGCAGGAAUCAUGCAGCAAGAUGCUACCAAACAGUUGCCAAGUGUUACAGAGCUCUUCCCGGAAUUUCGACCAGGCAAGGUGCUGCGUUUCCUGCGUCUCUUUGGCCCUGGAAAGAAUGUCCCAUCGGUUUGGCGUAGCGCCCGAAGGAAACGCAAGAAGAAACAUCGGGAGUUGGCCCAAGAAGUGCAGAUACAGGAGGGUGAAGUUGUAGUUCAGAGUGGAAUGGAAGGAAAAUCUCCUUGGGAAUAUGAGUUUGCUGCUCCUCCUCCUCCUGAGCAGUGCCUUUCAGAUGAUGAGAUUACCAUGAUGGCCCCUGUGGAAUCGAAGUUUUCCCAGUCAACUGGUGAUACAGACAAAGUGACAGAUACAAAGCCUAAAGUGGCAGAAUGGCGCUAUGGCCCAGCACAACUCUGGUACGAUAUGCUGGGGAUCCCCGAAGAUGGCAGUGGAUUUGAUUAUGGUUUCAAGCUGAAAGAGAAGGACAAGGACCAGGAGGUUAAAGGACGCACAGAUGAGAGGGAUGCAGGGUUGAUGGAUGAGAAGGAUGAUCUGCUGGCUGAUGAGCACUUCCUCAUGGUGACACAGCUCCAAUGGGAGGAUGACGUUAUCUGGAAUGGAGAAGAUGUCAAGCACAAAGGAACUAAGACACAGCGGGCAAGUUUGGCAGGCUGGCUGCCAUCCAGCAUGACUAGAAAUGCCACUGCAUACAAUGCCCAACAAGGUUUGAACCGCAGCGGCUCUUUGCUCAAUCCACCAAUUCCACUAGCACAGAAACCAAAUGUAGCAGGAGUCCUAGGUAUGGCCAAGGGCAAAGAAAAGCAGGCUCCUGAACAGCAAGUUUCCCUGGAUGAAGACAAGCCCUGGUACUCUAUUUUCCCAAUUGACAAUGAAGAGUUGGUAUAUGGCCGUUGGGAAGACAAUAUCAUCUGGGAUGAUCAGGCAAUGGAAACCUACUUGGAUCCCCCUGUAUUGACACUUGAUCCCAAUGAUGAAAACAUCAUUCUAGAAAUUCCUGAUGAAAAGGAAGAGAUGACUUUGAACUCUCCAUCCAAAGAGAACAAGAAAGAAUCUUCUUUGAAGAAGAGUCGAAUCCUGUUAGGAAAAACAGGUGUCAUCAAGGAAGAACCACAGCAGAACAUGUCUCAGCCAGAGGUGAAGGACCCCUGGAACCUCUCCAAUGAUGAGUUUUACUACCCCAAACAGCAGGGACUUCGAGGAACCUUUGGAGGCAACAUCAUUCAGCACUCUAUCCCAGCAGUGGAACUUCGCCAGCCAUUCUUUCCCACCCAUAUGGGUCCUAUGAAGCUCCGACAGUUUCAUCGGCCUCCCCUGAAGAAAUACUCCUUUGGUGCCUUGUCCCAGCCAGGGCCCCAUGCUGUGCAACCUCUGCUGAAGCACAUCAAAAAGAAGGCCAAGAUGAGAGAGCAGGAGCGCCAGGCUUCUGGCGGGGGUGAGAUGUUCUUCAUGCGCACACCACAGGACCUGACUGGCAAAGAUGGAGAUCUCAUCCUUGCCGAAUACAGUGAGGAAAAUGCCCCUUUAAUGAUGCAGGUUGGCAUGGCAACAAAGAUUAAAAAUUACUACAAAAGGAAACCCGGCAAAGAUCCAGGAGCUCCGGACUGUAAAUAUGGAGAGACUGUUUAUUGUCACACUUCUCCGUUCCUGGGUUCCCUGCAUCCAGGCCAGUUACUGCAGGCAUUUGAAAACAACCUUUUCCGGGCUCCUAUCUAUUUACAUAAGAUGCCUGAAACGGACUUCCUGAUUAUUCGGACACGACAAGGCUAUUAUGUUCGAGAAUUAGUGGAUAUUUUUGUAGUUGGUCAGGAGUGCCCGCUUUAUGAAGUCCCUGGUCCCAACUCGAAACGAGCUAACACCCAUAUCAGAGAUUUUCUGCAGGUUUUUAUUUAUCGCCUCUUCUGGAAAAGCCGGGACCGUCCUCGGAGAAUUCGCAUGGAGGAUAUCAAGAAGGCCUUUCCCUCACACUCAGAGAGUAGCAUCCGGAAGCGGCUGAAGCUCUGCGCUGAUUUCAAACGCACAGGGAUGGACUCAAACUGGUGGGUUUUAAAGCCAGAUUUCAGAUUGCCGACAGAGGAAGAGAUCAGAGCAAUGGUAUCCCCAGAACAGUGCUGUGCUUAUUACAGCAUGAUUGCGGCUGAGCAGCGGCUGAAGGAUGCAGGUUACGGGGAGAAAUCUUUCUUUGCACCAGAAGAGGAGAACGAAGAGGAUUUCCAAAUGAAGAUUGAUGAUGAGGUGCGCACAGCUCCGUGGAAUACCACCCGAGCCUUCAUUGCUGCUAUGAAGGGCAAGUGCCUCCUGGAAGUGACUGGUGUAGCAGACCCUACCGGUUGUGGUGAAGGAUUUUCUUAUGUGAAGAUUCCAAACAAACCAACUCAGCAGAAGGAUGAUAAAGAACCUCAGCCAGUGAAAAAGACAGUGACUGGGACAGACGCUGAUCUGCGCCGGCUUUCUCUCAAAAAUGCCAAACAGCUUCUGCGUAAAUUUGGAGUGCCUGAAGAGGAGAUCAAGAAGCUGUCCCGGUGGGAAGUGAUCGAUGUGGUUCGUACGAUGUCUACAGAGCAGGCUCGUUCAGGCGAAGGUCCCAUGAGCAAAUUUGCACGUGGGUCUCGGUUUUCUGUAGCAGAGCAUCAGGAGAGAUACAAAGAAGAGUGUCAGCGCAUCUUCGAUUUACAAAAUAAGGUUCUGGAAUCCACUGAGAUCCUGUCAACAGACACAGAUAGCAGCUCAGCCGAAGACAGUGACUUUGAAGAGAUGGGAAAGAAUAUCGAGAACAUGUUACAGAACAAGAAAACGAGUUCUCAGCUCUCUCGGGAAAGAGAAGAGCAGGAACGGAAGGAAUUGCAAAGGAUGCUUCUGGGAGAAGACAGUGGCAAUGACAAAGAGAGGGGCAAAAAGGACAGGAGAGACAAAAAGGGGCUGUCAUCAGCUUCAGGAGCCUCAGCAAACUCUCACAAAGACGAUGACACUGCCUCUGUAACCAGCCUUAAUUCCUCUGCCACUGGCCGCCGCCUCAAAAUUUAUCGCACGUUUAGAGAUGAGGAUGGGAAAGAAUACGUGAGGUGCGAGACAGUUCGGAAGCCUGCUGUUAUCGAUGCCUACUGCCGCAUACGGACUACCAAGGAUGAAGAGUUCAUACGAAAGUUUGCUCUGUUUGACGAACAGCACCGGGAGGAGAUGCGGAAAGAGCGCCGCAGGAUCCAGGAACAAUUACGGCGCUUAAAACGGAACCAGGAAAAAGAGAAACUCAAGGGCCCUCCAGAAAAGAAGCCCAAGAAAAUGAAAGAGCGUCCAGACUUGAAACUAAAAUGUGGAGCAUGUGGUGCAAUUGGCCAUAUGAGGACUAAUAAGUUCUGCCCUCUUUACUACCAAACAAAUGCCCCACCUUCUAACCCUGUCGCAAUGACAGAGGAGCAGGAGGAAGAGCUGGAAAAAACAGUCAUUCACAACGAUAACGAAGAACUCAUCAAAGUAGAAGGAACAAAAAUUGUACUGGGAAAACAACUGAUUGAGAGUGCAGAUGAGGUUCGCAGGAAAUCACUGGUCUUGAAGUUUCCUAAACAGCAGCUUCCUCCAAAGAAGAAGCGACGAGUGGGGACAACCGUUCACUGCGAUUACCUGAAUCGUCCUCAUAAAUCUAUCCACCGAAGGCGAACAGAUCCCAUGGUGACACUGUCGUCUAUCUUGGAGGGCAUCAUCAAUGACAUAAGGGAUCUUCCUAAUACAUACCCCUUUCAUACACCUGUGAAUCCAAAAGUUGUCAAAGAUUACUAUAAGAUUAUUACCCGGCCCAUGGAUUUACAGACUCUGCGUGAAAACGUUCGCAAGCGGCAGUACCCGUCCCGAGAAGAGUUCAGAGAACAUCUGGAAUUAAUUGUGAAGAACAGUGCAACAUACAAUG